AUGGGUAACGAUGUUAAAUCGCGUCUUCAUUUAAAUAAAAAACAAAAUCGUUCCGAACAAAUUAAAGCUACAAAUGAUGCAGCUCCAAGCUCAAGUAAUGGUAGUGAUCCAGUGGAUCAAACAAUUAUGAGUGCUCCAAGUCGUGCUCGUGCAGCUCAAGCUAAGCCAACAAGUGCUACUAGUGCUACUAGUGCACCAGCAACUGGUGGUCGUGAUGCCGAAGCAGAAAAUCCGCCAACUACUGCAGCUCGUGGUCGUAACUAG